AUGUCCUUGCGCCCCCAGCAGGACCUAGAGGAGGACCCGGCCCUCGCCGAGGCGCUGGACACCGUCCCCAAGAACCCGUCCAUCCUCAAGGAGCGCAACGCGCAGCGCGCCGAGCUCACCCCCGACGCCGCACCGCCAACGCGCUCAGAGAAGAACCUCCCCUCGGGCAAGGCCGAGGACAUCCCGCGCAAGAAGCUCAAGUCGCGGACGUCGCCCCCCCUCGGCAUCAGCUCGGGGAGCGCUGUUGUCCCGCCCGUCCACCGCCCGAGAUCCAAGCUCACCGGCCCCGCCGCCCUCCCGCGCCGCGCACCGGACCAGAAGUUGGUCUCCGGCGCCACCGACAAGCGGGCGGCGCGCGACAAGGAGGACGCCAAGCUCCCCGCGGCGCGCCAGAGCGGGCGCCCCUCGCCCGCCGCCCGCCCUGCGAGCGGCGGGGAGGAUCCCUCUGGCGGCCGCGGCUCCGCGCCGCUCAAGGCGCGCCGCUCCGCCGGCGGAGCCACCAAGGUCGCGCGCCCGCGCCCCAAGCCCGAGUCGGCCGACAAGGCGCUGGGCGCCAACAAGGCGCCCAAGGCGCGCGGCCAGACGCCCAAGAAGCCGCGCCCCCCGCCGGCCCUGCCCGCCCCUCCGCUCCAGCCCUCCGCGAACGCAGCGGAGGGGGGGGAGCCCGACGCGGCCGACGAGGCGCCUACGAGCGGCGACGGGGCGCUCGGCGGCGCCGACGACGGCCGGCAGCGCCCGGCCCCCUUCGACUCCGACGACCUGUCGAAGCGCGCGGCGAGACUCCCCCCCUCCCUCCCCCCUCUCAUCAGGGGCGCAUUUCACACCCUGCGCCACGCG